AUGGCUACCCAAGCUGAUGAUGCUACGGCAUCCCAGGCCAACAUUGGAGAUGCGGGCCUCAGGGAGCAUGUUCACGACGAACUCGACAAGAUCCAGCGACAGAGCUCUACAGCGACCGUGUUUCCCGAACCUCUACGAGAAAGCGAUAGCGAAGAUUCCGACGACGAAGACAAUGGCCCGGCUCAAGCACCACCGAUGUUCAUGAACAUGAACCAGAGCAUAUACGGGCUUAUCGCACAGGCUAGCAACCGCGUCGACUUCAACGAUCGCUUCGACGGAAUGAGCAGCGACGAAGAGGGCGAAAGUUCACAAAAUACCCACACAGAAAGUAUCGCGCGGACAUCGAUCUUGCAACCUGCGGGCAAAGGAAAAGACAAGGUUCACAGACGAAGGAAGCUUUCAGAGCACAAACUUUUGCGAUCAUUACCUGCGUUACCCAAACUUCGCUCUCGACAUAAAUCUCAGCACUCUACUUUACCUGCCCCUGAAGAAGUCGCUGAUGAGGCAGAUGACGAGCACGGUGACGGCGGCUUAUUACCAGCACCUGCCCUUACUUUAACACGACAAGAUACACAAGACCGCUUGGCACCUGUCAUGAGCAGAAUGUUGGAGGCCAAAGCAGACUUAUCUAUAAGACCGAGCUUCGAUCUUGACAGGCUAUCAUCUGAUGUUAGUCGAUCCAGCGAUGGCGACGAGGUGUCGGCCCUUUCCAGGAAGUUGAAGGAGAUCUUUGAGUUCGAUGAGUAUGAACAGGUUAUUGAAGAAUACCCAUGCUGGCUAUUACAGAGUGUCCUUCUCCAGGGAUACAUGUACAUCACAUCAAAACAUAUCUGUUUCUACGCAUAUCUUCCUAAGAAGACGCACGAGGCUGUCAAGUCGGGAUACCUAUCAAAAAGUGGCAAACGCAACCCAAGCUACGCAAGGUUUUGGUUUCGACUCAAGGGUGAUGUUUUGACCUAUUACAAAACAGCGACGGAUGUCUACUUUCCCCAUGGACAGAUCGAUCUGCGGUACGGCAUCUCAGCAAGCAUCGUUGACACAGACAAAGAAGCUCUUCAUUUUGUCGUUGAGACACAUCACCGAACAUACAAGUUCAAGGCCGAUAGUGCUCCAAGUGCAAAGGAAUGGGUUAAGAGCCUUCAGAGAGUCAUCUUUCGAAGUCACAACGAUGGCGACAGCGUCAAGAUCUCGUUACCGAUCAAGAAUGUCAUGGACAUUGAGGACACACAGAUGAUUUCAUUCGCAGAUACUUGCAAGAUUCGUGUCAUCGACAACGACGAGACUUACGCCAUUGAUGAGUACUUUUUCUCCUUCUUUAGCUUUGGCAAGGAAGCCAUCAAUGUCCUCAAGAUUCUGAUCGAGGAUUCGUCUGGGGCCCGCUCGGCGGAACGAGUGAUAACCGGAGAUGACCAUGAUAGUUCGCAGCCUUCGUCCGGACACGCUUCCAAGGCAGCAAGCAAACGCGCUCCCAGUAAAUUGAGCACAGGAAAGCUACCAGAUACCGUCAAAGCAACAUUGGCACCGAUGUCACCUCUAUCGCCUCGUUCGCCAAGUCAGCUAAGCCCUCGUGCAAGUAUGGACGCACCACGAUCGAGCUUUGACGGCUUCAGGCGAUUUGGAAAGAAGAGUUUAGAUAUAACGAGCUCCGUUGGAGAUCACAGUCCUCGAAGGAGUUUUAGUGGAAGACGUUCAACGAGCCAUCAACAUCGACAAGGCACCACAACCCCCAAGCAAGCACACGAUUCAGAAGACUCAUUCCUCCAGUCGUCAGUCGAGAACCCGAGUAUCUCUACUCUGUCGCCAUCUUCUUACGAUGAACCGUCCGCAAGUCAGAUCCUUCAAGGAAGUGAUGUCUUCCACAGCCCCAUGAUGCGUCGAUCCGCCUCAGCUUCAAGAAAGCGCGAUCAAUCUGGCAAACGAACGCCUCGCAGCUCCAGCGCCCACGGAGACCGCCAUCACGGUCUUCCUCACGCUGCGACGACAGGUGCCAUACAUAAAAUGGGAGACGAGCAAGCCGAUUCUCAGCGCCCUGUGACCCCAACACUCAACAGUAUUACCAAGAUUGGCGCCUAUCCUUUACAGCGAGCCAACGCCUUUGCCGAGUACUUGAGCCGCACAAGUCAACGUAUGGGAUCUAUGUUUGCAACUGAGUCCUUAGGCUAUGUGGAGAAGGUGCACGGCAUGUGGAAGGGGGAGCAUCGACAUUACGAUGAGCCGCAAGAGCUUCGGACAGACGACGACGGUGAAGACAUCGAUUCUGAGGCAGAUGACAAGAUGCAAACGACGAUAGAUCGAUUCCGAGCGCAUUUCGCCCUGCCCGAGUCCGAGAAGCUUGUCGCGACAUACUUUGGAGCCAUUUUCAAGGUUUUGCCUCUGUACGGCAAGUUCUACAUUAGCGACCGCUCGUUCUGCUUCCGGAGUUUGUAUCCUGGAACGAGGACAAAACUCAUUCUUCCGCUGAAGGAUAUUGAGAACGUUCACAAGGAAAAGGGAUUCCGGUAUGGCUACUACGGUCUGACAGUUGUCAUUCGUGGUCAUGAAGAGCUUUUCUUCGAGUUUAGAAAACCUGGCCUUCGAGACGACUGUGCAGUGACCUUGCAUCAGCUCAUGGAAACUAACCGUUUCCUUGAGCAGUCUGGCAUUCUUGAUCAAGAAGAGCAAGAUGAUGAAGAAGCUGCUGCUGCCAUGGCGGAACGCGAUGAACUGCAAGAAGCAAGGCAAGAUGAGUUUGUUGAUCACGAGCUGAGACUACCUCGCACGACAUCUGGCGUCUCUAAUGCUCCUACAAUCCUCUUUGACAACCCCAAUUCGUCAGGCCUUGCAUUCAAGCCGCAAAAGUCGAUGAAGAUUACAUGCCUCACCAUUGGAUCACGAGGUGAUAUUCAGCCUUAUAUCGCACUUUGCAAAGGUCUCCUCGCUGAGGGUCACAAGCCACGUAUUGCGACCCACGGUGAGUUUCAAGAAUGGGUUGAGAGCCACGGCAUCGAGUUUGCACGAGUUGAAGGAGACCCCGGGGAGCUGAUGCGCCUGUGUAUCGAGAACGGAACAUUCACUUGGGCUUUCCUCCGAGAAGCAAACUCGACAUUCCGAGGAUGGCUUGACGAUUUGCUGGACUCUGCGUAUACCGCCUGCGAGGGUUCUGAUCUAUUGAUCGAGUCUCCAUCUGCGAUGGCGGGUAUUCACAUCGCGGAGAAGCUCGAAAUUCCCUACUUCCGAGCGUUCACUAUGCCUUGGACUAGGACACGAGCAUAUCCUCACGCUUUCAUUAUGCCUGAGCACAAAAUGGGAGGAGCUUUCAACUACAUGACUUACGUUAUGUUCGAUAACAUCUUUUGGAAAGCUACUGCCUAUCAAGUGAACCGAUGGAGGAAUAAAACACUGGGCCUCCCCAGCACCAGUCUUGAGAAGAUGCAACCUAACAAGGUGCCUUUCCUGUAUAACUUUAGCCCGAGCGUGGUUGCUCCGCCUUUGGACUUUUCAGAUUGGAUCAGGGUAACAGGAUACUGGUUCCUUAACGAGGGCGGUGGUGAUUGGAAGCCACCUCAAGAAUUACAGGACUUUAUCGCUAAAGCCAGAGCGGAUGGAAAGAAGAUUGUCUAUGUCGGUUUUGGCUCAAUCAUCGUCAAGGAUCCCGCCAAGAUGACACAGGAGGUCAUUGACGCGGUCCUCAAGGCCGACGUGCGAUGCAUCCUCUCCAAGGGUUGGUCCGAUCGCAUUUCGCCCAAGGACGAUCCAUCCAAACCCCCGCCUGACGAGCCAGUAAUUCCUGCAGAGAUCCAUGUGAUCACCUCAGCGCCGCACGACUGGCUGUUUAGUCAAAUCGACGCAGCUGCGCAUCACGGUGGUUCCGGAACAACGGGUGCUAGUCUACGAGCUGGUAUCCCGACCAUCAUCCGUCCUUUCUUCGGCGACCAGUUCUUCUUUUCGACACGUGUUGAGGACUUGGGUGUUGGAGUUUGUGUCAGGAAAUGGGGUACCAACAGUUUCGGUCGAGCCCUCUGGGAAGUGACGCGUAACGAGCGCAUGAUCGUGAAGGCUCGCGUUCUUGGUGAACAGAUCCGUAGUGAAUCCGGUGUCGACAACGCCAUUCAGUGUAUCUACCGCGAUCUGGAGUAUGCCAAGAGUCUCAUCAAGCGCAGGGCGGGCAAGAACAACGCAGAGCACGGCCUUGCCGAAGAUGAUGAUGAUACUGAAGAAAGUUGGACGUUUGUCGGAAGAGACGAACCUGACCCCGAUGCUGUAACGAAGAAACUGAGUGAUGGUCUAGCUGGCCUUGGGGCGGCAGGUGAUCGACCGCUGCCGUUGGGAAGCCAAGCGCCCACAGCAGCAUGA